AUCCCGCAGACCCCCGCCCCCCGGCGGCCCCGGGCGCGGAGCCUGGCCGGGAUGGACCGGGAGACGCGCGUGUUCGCCGAGAGCUACUUCCGAGGCCUCCGGGGGCGUACCCCUGGCGGGGUGGCCCCGGCCCCCGCCCCGGCCCGCGUGGACUUCAUCGCGGAGCCGGCCUCCUUCUCCUACGCCGACUUCUUCAGGGGCUACCUGCUACCCAACCUGCCGUGCGUCUUCUCUAGCGCCUUCACCGCGGGCUGGGGCAGCAGGCGGCGCUGGGUGACGGCCGGCGGGCAGCCCGACUUCGACCACCUGCUUCGGAUCUACGGAGACGUGGUCGUGCCUGUUGCGAACUGCGGGGUCCGGGAAUACAACUCGAACCCCAAAGAGCACAUGCCUCUGAGAGACUACAUCAGCUACUGGAAAGAGUACAUCCAGGGGGGCCGCUCGUCCCCGCGGGGCUGCCUCUACCUCAAAGACUGGCACCUGUGCAGGGACUCCUCGGCAGAGGGCGUGUUCACUCUGCCCGUGUACUUCUCGUCCGACUGGCUCAAUGAGUACUGGGAUGCCCUGGGCGUGGACGACUACCGCUUCAUCUACAUGGGGCCUGCCGGCACCUGGUCGCCAUUCCAUGCCGACAUCUUCCGCUCCUUCAGCUGGUCCGUCAACAUCUGCGGGAGAAAAAAGUGGUUCUUCUUCCCACCUGGGCAAGAGGAAGCCCUGCGGGAUUGCUAUGGUGGCCUGCCCUACGACGUGACCUCUCCCACACUCCUCGACAGCCGCCUGUACCCCAUGCGCGAGCACUGUAGCCCACCGCUGGAGGUCACGCAGGAGGCAGGCGAGAUGGUCUUUGUGCCCAGCGGGUGGCACCACCAAGUUCACAACCUGGAGGACACCAUCUCCAUCAACCACAACUGGGUCAACGGCUGUAACCUGGCCAACAUGUGGCACUUCCUGCAGCAGGAGCUCUGUGCUGUACAGCAGGAGGUCAUCGAGUGGAGGGACACCAUGCCCGACUGGCACCACCACUGCCAGGUCAUCAUGAGGUCCUGCUCUGGGAUUAAUUUUGAAGAAUUUUACCACUUCCUCAAAGUCAUCGCUGAAAGGAGGCUUCACCUUCUGGUGAAGGGGACAGGCCCUGGAGAGGUGGAGGACGGCAAGGGCGCCGAGCUGGGCCCCCAGCAGGCGACUUUCGACGUCGGACGGAUUGCCGAGGUGCUGGCGUCCGUGGUGGCCCACCCCGACUUCCAGAGAGUGGACACCAGCAUGUUCUCACUGCAGCCAGAGGAGCUCCUCAAGCAGCUGGAGGAGGUUGUGGCCACCGCUGCAUCCCUUUAG